UAUUUAGGGGUCACACUGGUGGACUGUUUUGGAUAUUGUUUUUAUAUUCAAAACGCAAAAACAUGGCAGAAACCACUGGUGUGCAAAUAAAACUGGAACAGCAAAACAUCAAGGAGCGCCUGAAUCUGCACGUCAAGCGGCGCCUGCAGCAGGAUGCGGAUAAUCCCGCCGAGAGUCCCGAAUUGCUGCCCACCGAUGCGAAUGCCAAGCGCAGCAAGACGAAAGAUGUCUCAAAACCAAGAAAACCCUACCAAAAACGGACAGAAAAACCGAAAACAGAGGCGACCAAGUGCAAGAAAGUUGGACAAUUGGGCAGUCCGGCGGGUGAAGUGGAUCCAAUGGAUGACCAGGAGACGGAAGGCUUUUCCCCGGAGGCGCCGGAUGGCAAAUCCGCCAGACGGGAUUGCUGCAAAAAUGCCGACAUCCUCAACAUAGUUUUGAACGCUAAGAAACGUAGUUUAAUGCAGGAUCCUGAAGUUCAGGCCUUCUGGACCGAAAUAACCAAUUGCAUAAAGGGCUGAAAGCUUAACUGAUCAUAAGGGUCAUUAGAUCAUAAGGAAAUAUUGUUGAUGUUCGGGAUAUUUGUUAUAUGAACAACAUUAAAUAUCUAAUAUUAGGGCUGUUGUACAAAUAUGUAAAUAAAAUAAAAUAAGUGUUAAUCC